AUGACGAGUAUUCAACAAACAACAACCUUCAAUAAUUCCUUAAAAACAACUCCAAGCACUCCAACUAAUCAUCAAAAGGAACGAAAUAAUGUCUGGGGUAGUUUAUUGAAACAACAGAAAAUAGAUCCGAAACUGCAGGAAGGGAUUGAGGAUAGUUAUAGUAUUGUGUUUUUGGGAGAUGCAAAGAAUGGUCAAAGGAGUCUUGUUAGAAGAUUUCAGGGAAAGGAAAUUGCUGGAGAUGUUUAUCAUGAUACCCUUUCUAUUGAGUAUACAUACUUUAAAGCAAUUGAUUCUACAAAACAUGAUGAUUUCUCAGACUCUACAAGAAAUGAUAGAGACAAAUAUCUUAAUAUUUAUCAAAUGGAAAAUCAGUACUUUUCAUACUUGCUGGAUUUUGCAAUUAAUCCUACCACAUUUGAAAAGACUGUUGUAGUUAUUACUGUAGAUAUAUCAAACACAAAGAAUAUAAUUUCGAGAACUAAAAAGUGGAUAAGGAUACUUCAGGAUCAUAUCGAUGAAAAAAUCAUUCCCGAAUUGAAGGAAGAAGGAAUGCAAAGAUGUUAUGAUAGAGUAAAAUCAACAUUCAAGAAGGGAGAGCAAUCCACAUCUGAAAAUCCAAAUGAAUUUACGGUUAUUGAUACUAAUCUUGGAAUACCAAUUGUGCUUGCAAUUACAAAAUCAGAUAUGGCAGAGAAAAUUGCUGAUUCAUUCUGUACCAAAAAAUCCAUUAUCAAUAUCAUUCCACACCACUUCCUUAAUUUCAUACUUUUUAAAUUGAGAAAAUUAUGUUACAGAUGUAAGUAG